AUGGUGUUAAUCUGUGGAUCCACAACUUUUCGAGGUGAACACUUCCCUCCACGUCUUUCAUCAUUGUCCUCCGGCCGCCGUCUGCCAUUCGACAUCCGCCGUCCGCCGUCUGCCGUCCGACAUCCGCCGUCCGCCGCCAUUUUCCGUCAUCCGUUCGCCGCCAUUUUUCAUCAGGAAGAUCGUCUCCUCACUCUAUCUGAUCGCCGUUAUUUACCGUUUUUGUCGUCGGCCGUCGUCAGUUCAUCGUAUGACCUUCGGGCUCGUCUUUCACUUGCGAUCUUUUCCUUUUCUGUCCUGGCGUUCAGUCUUGUUGCCAUUCCCCGUGAGUCUGCCUUUGACCGGCUCGACUUAUCAGAACAAGCCAAGAAGGAAGUUUACGUUAUUCCUCCUUUUCGAAGGCUCAGGACCUUCCUGUCCGACUCUCUUUAUCCCUACCAUCCUUCUCUUCUUCGCCGGCCAGUCAAACAUUCUCCAUCGCCGGGCGCGCGACAGGGAUUUUACGUUAAGUCACUGAGAUUUCCUCUAAUGUCGGGUGAAGGAAUCCUCCCGUGUAACCAGAAGAGACCUCCGGUCAUAGCUCCUCCGUCCUCUGCAGCCUCGCCUUCUUCGCCUAAUCAUCAUUCUCAUCAUGACAAGGUUCGUACCAUCUUCAUUUCGGGUCUGCCUACAGAUGUCAAAGAGAGAGAGCUGCAAAACUUGCUGAGAUGGCUUCCAGGUUUUGAAGCCUCGCAAGUGAGCUUCAAGGGAAAAGAGCCCAAGGGUUUCGCUCUAUUCUCUACUGCAAAAUUUGCUGUUGCUGCCAAAGAUACCCUUCAGGAGAUGGUUUUUGAUGCCAAGUUGAAGUCUCUUUUGCACAUUGAGAUGGCAAAGAAAAAUCUGGUUGUUAAAAAAUGA